GCUGCUCAUUAACCCUCAGCUUGCGAGGUAGGUAUCAGAAUCCGCCGAGCCAUGAUCACUGCCCAGCUUGGAAAGUAUUCUGUGAACGUCGAUGUUGUCUCUGAGACGGAGGAGGAGGGUGGUUGGACGGUAUUCGACAUUUCGGCUGCGGGCUUUGGCACUGGGGACCUGUUCCUGCACUGGGGCGUUGGAAAACAGAACGCAGAGGAGUGGGUGGUACCUGUGGAGAUCCAGGCCCGCACGGAGCCGCCAGCGUCGCGAGUGCCAGGAGCUUUGCAGACAGCAUUUCCUCCGCCCAACCAGCAGAAUGUGCGCACAGUGCGACUGGAGAUCAACAGCGAUGCCGACUUGAAAGCCUGCCAGUUUGUGCUGCACAAGAAGCCGAAUGAGUGGCUGAAGAAUGGCUCCAGGAACUUUUUGCUCGUUUUUUCCAAGGUGGCAGAGAGCCGCAAUUUCCGCGAGCUGGUGAACCGCGCUUCAAAGGAGCCCAGUGCGAAGGUCUCCUGCUACAGCUCAAGUGGGGUGGAGGUCGCAAUCAUUGCAGCGUCGAAAGGGAGCUCCUGUGACGUGCAAGCGAUUGUCCACUCUGACAGGGAUCUGGUGCUUCAGUAUGGCCAAGCUGGCAAGGAUCAUCGCUGGACAUCCUCCACCAGGUUGAACCUGGAAAAGUCCCCUGGCGGAGUCUCACAGGGCAAUUUGCAGCUGGACAGCGCGGGCUUGAACAAGUAUUUGAUGUUUGUGCUGCACGACCCGUCCGUGAACCAGUGGCUGAAGGAUGCGGGCCGAGACUUUGCAUUUGAGCUUCCAGAUGAGUUCAAAUCCGCUCCGGCGGAACCUGCAAAGUCGCAGGAGGCGUUCGAGCCAAAGAUGCGCUUGGAGCGCAGGGCGUCAAAGCUCUUUAGUACCUUUGUGGAAGAGAUCCAGAUGGCGGAGCCAGAUGCAAAGUCCACAUCCUGGACUGUCCCUGGCACCCAGAUUGAGGUGGUCAUCCUGGCAACUGCAGUUGAAUCAGAGUGCCAGCUUCAUGUGCUAGUGCACUGCUCUGACGCACUUGUCAUCCAGUAUGGCUCUGCUGGAGACGACCGCGCCUGGAAGUUUUCGAAGCGCCUUCCUCUCGUACGGAGCGGCACUGACAAGUACGAGGUCUCCUUCUCCAUGCCAGCCGGGGAGGUUGAGAAAUUUCUCAUGUUUGUAUUGCAUGAUGGAGCUGUCAACCGGUGGAUCAAGCACGGCGCCCACGACUUUGAGUUUGAGCUUCCUCGGCACGAGGAGUGGGACCGCGCCAAGAGAGAAGCGGAGGCGCGCAGCCAGGAGGAGGCCAAGCAGGCGCAGACGCUGAAAGAGGCCUUCAUCCAGGGCCGGCGCAUUCGACAAGACAUGGCGGAUAUCUCUUUCUCCAGCUUCGCGCUGCAAGGCGACUUUGGGUCUGUGGAUGUGUCCUGCGUCUCGGAGGGCAAUGACAAAGCCAAGGUGGAGAUUCGAGCCUGGUUGCAUCCGAAGCUGGGCGAAUGCCUGAUGCACUUUGGUGUCUUUGAGAAGCCACAAUCACGGCAGUGGACCUCAGCAACGAGCAUCAGCAGUGUUCAAUGGCCUUCCGACCUCACAAAGGUGGAUGAGAAGGCCUGUCGGAUGAAGCUAGAGAAGAUGGAAGGAGGCAUCCAGGGCUUGGACCUGAGCGUCACGGCCCAUACAGAGAAAGACGGCUCCGACACUCUCAUUGAGCCAGACGUUGGAGGCUUGGGCUUCGUAUUGAAAACUGUAAAUGGCGAUACUUGGAUCAAGCCCACCGAUGGCGGUGAUGCCAUGGUGCGCUUCUCCAGUAAAGGCCGCUGGAAGGGACCUUGGUCGCAGGUGGCGGAUAAGAUCGUGGAAUCAGAGACCACGUGGAAUCAAAUGUCAUUGAAGAGGAGAUAUGAAAACUGCUUGGGCUUUCUGGACCAAUGGGAGAAGAACUCGCAAGGCAUGGAAAUGCGACGCCUGAACUCGUGGACGACACUGGUGCACGUGGAUUCCAGCAAGGCAGUUUGGUCCCGACAACCCUCCAUGCCGCUGAUUGAGAUGUCCAGCGAAGAAGAGAACAACGAGGAGUUCUGGAGCUGGAUAUUCGUGUGGCAGCGCUUCUCUUUCCAGCAGCUCUUGACAUGGGAGCGCAACACUUGCACGCAGCCCCGCAUGCUGGCGGCCACUACAAACCAGAUCACGCAGCGCUUGGCUGAGCUGUGGAAGUCCACUCCCAGCUGCCGCCUGUGGAUUCGAUGGACGCUUUCCACCAUGGGCCGUGGAGGAUCGGCAGGCCAGCAGAUCAGAGAUGAGAUUCUGGUGAUCAUGCACGGCCAUGGCAUCAAGGAGAUCCAUGGAACGUACUACGAACAGUGGCAUCAGAAGCUGCAUAACAACACCACGCCGGCCGACAUUGGCAUCUGCAGGGCCAUCAUUGCGUUCCUCCGAUCAAACGGGGACAUGGGCGCCUACUGGAAAGUGCUGGGCGAACAUGGCAUCACCAAAGAGCACCUCUCGUCCUACAGUCGACCAAUUACCACAGAGCCGUACAUGGUUCAGACGGAUGUUGGGCGCCUGAUUGGUGACUUUGAACGGUAUCUCGGCAUCCUCCGCAGUGUGCACGAUGCCUUGGACUUGCAGCUGGCUUUGGAUCAUGCUCGUGGCUGCCUUCCUGGGCCGGUGCAAGGCAAGCUGCAAGACAUUUGCCACAUGGGCGGCACUGGCUUUGGCAACCUGGAUGAAGGCCAUGGGAAGUUCAUGAAGAUUGCAUCGGCGCGCGAUGACUUGCUGGCGAUCCUGAAUCAUAAGGGUACAGAGCCAGGGAUCAUCAAAGAACUGCUGGUCAUUGACUACACCUUGGAGACACAGCAGAGCGUCUUGGUGCAGGGCCUCACUGCCGAGACACGCCUGCCGCAGCUUUGCGAUGAGCUGAAGGAGGUGCUGACUUCCCUGGUGGGCCAUUUGCCGCAGGAAGAUGAGCUCCAAGCGCUCUUGGCGGACUGGACCACCUUCUCAGAGAGCUGCUCUCACAAGCGCUGGGGCAGCCCGGAGGACAGCGCCCUGCUGCUGAAGGCGCUUUGUGACCGCACCAGCCGGGUUGUGGGGGAAUUGAGCGACAAGUGCCAGACCCUGAUGGGCCCCAAGGCGACCUUCCUGGGCACCGCGAUUGAAGCGCCCAAGAACAACAUCGAUGUUUUCGUGGACGAGGUCCUCCGUGGCAGCUCCUUGAUGGCCGUGAGUUUGAUCCUUCAGCGCAUGGAGCCUGUGCUGCGGGACAUUGCCCACUUGCCGCCGUGGCAGAUGAUAUCUCCCGUCGACAAGCCGAUCAGGGGCAUCUUCAAGCUCAUUGACAAGAUGCGCGGGGUGCAAGGGGAGACUUUCCACACCCCAACCAUCCUCCUCAGCGGUGCUGUGAGCGGUGAAGAGGAGGUGCCUGAUGGCGUCCUUGGCGUCCUCGUGCGAAGUGCUCGGGAAGCCCCAGACAUCCUUUCGCACUGCGCAGUGCGGGCAAGAAACUUUGGCGUGCUGUUGGCAACUUGCUUCGACCCCAAGAUUUCUGAGCAGCUGGCGGCAGACUUUGCCGAAAAGUGGGUCGAAGUCAGGUGCAAGCCAGAUGGCAGCCUCAUCAUUGCGGCCUGCGAUGCUCCCAGUGCAGAUGCAGACGUGCAGCAAGCGAAGAAGGAGCAAGAUGAGGCAGCGAAGGCUGCAGAGGCACAAGUUAAGAUGAAUCUGACAGAUCCUCUGGGCUGCUCUUGGUGCGUACGACCUGAUGAGAUGUCAAGGACGAGCGUCGGCUCGAAGAGUCUCAAUCUGGCGCUCUUGAAGCCAAAGCUUCCUGCUGAAAUUCUCACCCCGCAGGCGAUAGCUUUGCCGUACGGCACAAUGCAGAAGUCGUUGAUUGAUGAGGCCAACAAACAGCAAGUCCUGCCCAUGUUGGAAAAGGUGCUGAGCCGGCUUCACCCUCACACCUCCAACGAAGAUGCACAGGUCAUCUUCGAAGAGGCGCAGCAGAUCAUCGAGUCUAUGAAAUUUCCCAAGGCAUUGAAGGAGGCCAUGAACAAGGCCAUGGUCGAUGUGGGUUCCAAGGACAGCGAGGAUCGACUGACCAAGUUGUUCCACGACCGUGACGCGUGGAGUGCCAUCAAGGGCGUGUGGUCCUCGCUCUUUGCUUUGCGGCCCUGGGUCUCUUUGGCCAAGGCGGGCCGCAGCUUCCACGAUCUGAACAUGGCGGUGCUCGUCCAGGAGCUGGUUGAGGCCAAGUACGCCUUUGUGCUACACACCAUCAACCCCUUCACCAAGGACAAGGACGAGCUGUAUGGAGAGCUGGUGGCCGGCCGGGGAGAGACUUUGGUGGGCAACUUCUCCGGGCGAGCUUUGAGCUUUGCCAUGCGCAAGGGCGGGGAGCCGCGUGUUAUCUCUUUCCCCAGCAAGAGCGUUGCGCUUCACACGCAAGCCUGCCUCAUCUUCCGCUCUGACAGCAACGGUGAAGACCUUGAAGGUUUCGCCGGCGCGGGGCUCUUUGAGUCGAUUUGCGCAGAGGAGGACCUCGGCGGCUUUCAGAGACUUCAUCGCUUGAGCGUUAUUGUGGAUGCUGAGUAUCGGACGAAGCUCUUGAAGCGCAUUGCAGAGGUUGGCUGGGCCACAGAGAAAGCCUUUGACGGUGCGCCACAAGCUGCUGGGCGGCAUCCCUCUAGCUAAAUAGUCAUCUACGCCAGGACCCUGAGGCGCUCUUGUGAUUGCCUCAAAUGCUACAAAGGACAUUGAAGGAUGUGUGGAUGUCAACGAGCGCAUAUAUAUCGUACAGAGUCGUCCACAAGUUUGAGACGUUGCUUGAGGACAGCUGUCAAAAUAAUGAAAACGAGGCUGGAUGAAGCCUCCAGGGCCGUAGUUGCAGGGUCAGGGGACCAGCGAAUCAAGCCUGACGCUCUUCGCAGUUGCCAGGACGCUAGCUGCAUCCUCUAAUUCGCACAUUUGGUUCAACUUUAGCACCCGCUUGGGUAUUUAAGAUGGGCACGAAUAGCCGAUUUUGUUUCGUUACGUCCACUCUGGAAAAUUACAAGGAGUUGGAGCAGGUACAGCCAACAAAUGCCAAGCACAGUCGGAUAA